UUGCCAUGGGAACGUAAGGUUUUUGAGUGGUAUUUCAACCAAAGUUUGAAGUGGACGCAGAAACAGCGAUAAUUGUUUCUUCAAAGACAGUGGUAGAGGGCGCCCUACUAACUUAGCGGAGAGAGUUUGCAGAGCAGAAAACAAGUUUGGUUCAUUCGGCAGCGGGAGUGGGGUUUAUUAAAAUUAAAAACAAUGACAAUUUUGUUAUUUUGCGCUGCCAGCAGGCAUGCCCUAAAAAUGCAAAUGACACCACGCAUCUUCCGAUCUUCAAACACAGGAUCCUUGUUUACUUCAGUUGGGACUGUCCAAUGUUCCAAAUCUCCAACCAUCUUCAGUCAACGAGUUCUAAGAUUAUACAACGCUAUAACAAGACAAUCACUCUGUCCAAAAGAUAGAAAUGCAUCAAAGAUCAUCCCACAAGUUUCCAGAGGUUUAGUGCUCCUGGGUGGCAGUCUAAGUUGGAGCCUGUGGGGUGUCGUAGCGGAGUGUAAGAUCAGAACCAAAGGAAGUUCUCGUAUCUUGGAUAAAGACGGCAAAUAUGCAGAGGAUCUGAAACAGCCUCGCUUCAAAAAGAGAAAGUUUCUGAAACUGCUGUGGCCAGAUUUUUGGUACUUAGUUGCUGCUGUUGUUAGUGCAUUAGCUGCUGCAUUGAUCAACGUUCAGAUCCCAGUCUUUCUCGGAGAUAUGGUCCAAGUUGUAGCAGAGGCAGCUGCAAAGCAAUAUGGGAACUAUAUGAGUGAGAUACGAGGUCCGGCGUUGAAGCUUAUCGUUGCGUACUGCCUGCAGGCACUUUGUACCUGUAGUUACAUCUCCCUGUUGUCUGCUGUUGGUGAACGCACUGCAGUGAGGAUGAGAGAAGCGUUGUUUGCCGCCCUCUUGAGACAAGAUAUAGCAUUUUUUGACACCCAUCAUACGGGUGAACUAAUCAACAGAUUAUCAGCGGACGUUCAAGAUUUCAAAAGCGCCUUCAAGCUUUGUGUAGCACAGGGUCUACGAGGCAUAACUCAAGUCCUUGGUGCUAGCGUUGCUAUGUACGUCUUGUCUCCAAAGUUGACUCUACUACUCAUAGCAGUCGUUCCAGGAGUUGUUAUCGUCGGGACAUUCAUCGGAGCUUCUCUAAGAUCAUUAUCACGACAAGUUCAAGAACAGGUUGCUAUGGGAACCUCAGUUGCAGAUGAAGCGUUAGGUAACAUGAGAACAGUACGAUCAUUUGCAAUGGAAGAAAAGGAGCUGGAAUUGUACUGCGACGAGAUCGAGAAAUCCAGACGGCUGAAUGAAAGACUAGGUCUUGGUAUUGGUCUCUUUCAAGGACUCAGUAACCUAGCUCUUAAUGGGAUUAUUGUGGGAGUGAUUUACAGUGGAGGUUAUCUACUAGCCAGUGGUGACAUCAAACCAGGUCAACUCAUGUCUUUCCUCGUUGCUUCUCAAACUAUCCAGAGAUCACUAACUAGUAUAUCAAUCCUCUUUGGUCAGGCAAUUAGAGGAACCAGCGCCGGGGCUCGAGUCUUUGAGUAUCUAGAAUUGGAGCCAACAAUUCCUCUGAAAGGAGGUAAACACAUUCCGUUUCACAGUUUCUACGGCAACGUGAGGUUCAACGAUGUGACAUUCAGCUACCCAACGAGGCCUGAACAGGUUGUUUUGAGUGGAUUGACGUUAGAUAUACCAGCAGGACAAGUGGUGGCUGUCUGCGGCCCGUCAGGAGGGGGGAAAUCUACAAUUGCUGCCUUACUUGAAAGGUUCUAUGAUGUCACUAAAGGCUCUGUUACUAUUGACAACGUGAAUAUUAAUGAGCUUGACCCCAGUAAGCUGCGAGGUCAGACAAUUGGUUUCAUUAAUCAGGAGCCGGUGUUGUUCGCAACGAGUGUGAUAGAAAAUAUCCGGUAUGGAAAUCCAGAUGCAUCGGAUCAAGAGGUUUAUGAGGCAGCCGCUCUAGCCAAUGCUCAUGAUUUCAUUCUUGGAUUUCCAGAGGGGUACAAAACAAUCCUUGGUGAGCGUGGCGUUACAAUAUCGGGCGGACAGAAGCAAAGAAUAGCAAUUGCUCGAGCCCUUGUUAAGAAUCCCUCCAUUCUGAUUCUUGAUGAGGCGACCAGCGCCCUCGACACCGAGUCUGAGAGAGUCGUCCAAGAAGCAAUCGACAAAGUCUCAAAAGGAAGAACAGUUCUUGUCAUAGCACAUAGACUGAGUACAAUCAGAAACGCUGAUCUUAUAGCUGUACUUAAUCAUGGAAGUAUUCAAGAGAUUGGAACACAUGCAGAGCUGCUAAAGAAAGGCGGUGUCUAUGCUGAUCUUAUAAAGGGACAAGCAGCAAAGACAUGAGUCUGGGAAAGAAGACAUCCUUAGACUGGGACGUCCUUGUACUGAGACAUAAGGCCUGUUACUGAACCACUCUCUUGGUCUAGAAUAAUCAUGGGAUGAAACAUUUGUGUCAGUACUUCUUAGGGCUGGGGCAUUGUAGGCUAGGACAGACUUGGGCUAAAACAUCCUCCCACCUAAGAUAUGACUAAGGUAUCAUUGGCCUGCAACAUCCUAGGCUUGACAUCCGUGGCUGGACAUUAUUGGGCAUAAAAACCAUUGAGCUGAUUGGGCCUACUUGUAUACCACUCCCUUGGGCUAGAACAUUCAUGGGAUGAGUAUACUUGUGUCAGUAUUUCCUUGGGCUAAAUUCCUGUAGGCUAGGACAUACUUGGGCUAGAACAUCCUUCUGCGUAAAGUAUGGCUAAGUAUCGUUGGCCUGCGACAUCCAGGGCUGGACAUUCUUGGGCUAGGACAUUAUUGGGCGUAGCCAUCAUUGGGCUGAUUGGGUCUAUAACACUCGUGGUCUAGAACAUUCAUGGCAUGAAACAAACUUGUGUCAGCACUUCCUUGGGCUAAAACAUUGUAGGCUAGGACAGACUUGGGCUAUUUCAUCCUUCUGACUAAAGGUAUGACUAAGGUAUCGUUUGCCUGCAACAUCCUAGGCUGGACAUCUUUUGCUGGACAUUCUUGGGCCAUGACAUUCUUGGGCUUAGACAUCAUUGGGCUGAUUGGGCCUAUACCACUGACUCCCUCGGGCUAGAACAUCCGUGGGACGAAACAAACUUGUGUCGGCACUUCCUUGGGCUAGAACAUUGUAGGCUAGGACAGACUUGGGCUAGGGCAUGUUUAGGCUAGGGCAUGUUUAGGCUAGGACAGACUUGGGCUAGUGAACAGCCUUCCGACCUUCCUUGGUACUGUUGGCCUGCGACAUCAUUGGCAGGGAUAUUCUUGGGCUAGGAUAUCCUACAUGUAUAAGGACUUGUCUCUAUCUUUGAUCUUGGAGAGAUUGAGAGACUAGGCAAGUCAAUAAUAGCUUUCCUUUUAACACUGCCCAUAGAUGAGUUUUUGAAGUAGAAAUGGGUAAAAUACAUAUUUUUUGAAAGAAUUUAAAAAAAUUGACAACCUUUGCUUUUAAACAUGUACACAUUCUCAGACCAGUACAAUUUCCAUCAUUGUCUGGUAACAAAAAUCAUUCCGAAGUCAUGGUUUUCAAUCUGUUGUCAUGGUUACUGAGGAGGCCUUUGUUAACUGCCCUCUAUUAGUAUUGUUUACUCGUUCUCCAGAACUGCUCGUAACCAAAACUGUUACUCAUCACAAAAACAACUUUACUUGACUGAAACACGUUGUUACUCGUUACUCAAAUGAAAAUGUACUUUGACUCGAUCUUAGGAGAUUUUGUUCAAAAUAAAGUUGUCUAAUUUAUGUUGCGUUAAAAUAAACUAAAUGCCAUUGCUAUCCGAGAUAAUAAGAAUAAAGCAC